AUGAAUUUGAGGACAGCGUUUCAGACUAAUACUAGUGCGCGCUUUAUUAUUCACAUUGGGAUGCACACGCCGAGCGAAACAUUUACCACUUCAUUCUCACUCCAGGAAAAGAUGUCAGGAUGGGCGGCCAACUUAUCGGCGGCGAAGAGGCUGUCACCUAAGCCUGAGUCAUCUCCCAGUCCAACCAAGUCCCCUGCUAAGAGCUCCUCGCCAGAAGCUUUCAAUGCUGCGGAGAUUCUAGAUUGUCUCAGUGCUAGAUACCACCGGGAGUUGGCAGAGGCAAAGCAAGAUAAGCUGGGCGAAAAAGUGCGCGUUUAUCGUUCUCUCCAUUCAUCUUCAGCAUGGACUACGAAAAGCUCGGUCAAUAGUAGGGGAAGACGAGACGAGGAUGGACGCUUCAAUCUUUUGGACGAAGUGAAUCGGGCAAUCGCACGAGCAAAAAAACACUAA